CAGGCAUUGCAGUGGCCGUGGCUGCGGCCGAUAAGUUGGAAUCUCUGUGCGGGCUGCAGGAGCGGCCGUCCAGGACCCUCUGUGCAGCUCGUUGCUGGAGCUGCAUCGCUCUUGUGUUGCUUCACGCCUGCUUGCAUUGUAGCCUUGUUCCUGUGAUCAGGCGGCGGCGAUGGCGGGUGUUGUUCCAGGCGCGGUGUCUGUGGAGGGGGUGGCCCCUCUGGGCAGCGUAGAGGCUGUGGCGGAGGCUGGUGCCGGGGCGGCCACCAAUGGUGGCGUGGCGCACCUGGAGGACGGCCUGGGCACGCACAAGGCCCAGCCACAGCAGCCGGCGGCCACCGCCCCUGCUGCAGAGAGCAAGAGCAAGGGGGGCUGGUUCCGCAAGAAGAAGCCGGGGCAAGAGGGGGAGACCGGGGAGACGGCUGCCAAGGCGCCGAUGGUGAAGUACUGGGAGCUGUACCGCUACGCAGACUCGCUGGAUUUGCUGCUCAUGGUGCUGGGCUCCCUGGGGGCCAUCGCCAACGGGGUGUCACUGCCAGUCUUCUUCCUCUUCUUUGGCAAGCUGGUCAACACCUUUGGCUCGGUCCCGGAUAACGACGAGCUCAUCAGGCAGGUCUCCAAGUACGCCAGCUACUUUGCAUACCUGGCCCUGGUGGAGCUGUUUGCCUGCUGGCUCCAGGUGUCCUGCUGGAUGACCACAGGCGAGCGCCAGGCAUCACGCAUCCGCACCAAGUACCUGCGGGCCAUCCUGCGCCAGGACGUGGGCUACUUUGACACGGAGACCAGCACUGGAGAGAUCGUCAGUCGCGUGUCCUCUGAUACCAUCUUGGUUCAGGAAGCCAUGAGCGAGAAGGUUGGGACUUACCUGCAGUUCAUGGGCACAUUCGUGGGUGGCUUCGUGGUGGGCUUCGCAACGCUGUGGCAGCUCUCGCUGGUGAUCCUGGCCAUCGUCCCCGUGCUGGCCGCCGCGGGCGGGAUAUACGCCGUCGUGCUCACCGGCCUCGUCGCCAAGGGCCAGGCCGCCUACAGCGGCGCCGGCAGCGUGGCCGAGCAGAUGGUCAGCGCCGUCAGGACGGUGUACUCGUUUGCUGGCGAGGACGCUGCGCGGCGGCAGUACAGCGGUGCGCUGGCGACCACGCUGCGGCUGGGCCUGGGCCAGGGCCUGGCCAAGGGGCUGGGCAUGGGCGUCACCUUCGGCGUGCUCUUCUGCGCGUGGGCGCUGCAGUUCUGGUACGGCAGCGUGCUCGUCACCCACGGCAAGGCCAACGGCGGCCAGGCGCUCACCACCAUGUUCGCCGUCAUCCUCGGCGGCCUGGGGCUGGGUCAGGCGGCGCCGUACCUGCGCUCGUUUGCGCAGGGCAAGGCUGCGGCGCACAAGAUCUUCGAGACCAUCCGGCGCGUGCCGCCCAUCGACUCCAGCCACGAGGGCGGCCUCCAGCUGCCGGCCGUGCAGGGCGACAUCGCUCUCGACCACGUCGACUUCACCUACCCGGCGCGGCCGGACCAGCCCGUGUUCCGCGACUUCAGCAUCCGCAUCCCGGCGGGGCAGACCGUUGCGCUCGUCGGCUCCAGCGGCAGCGGCAAGAGCACCAUCGUCGGCCUGCUCGAAAGGUUCUACGACCCGCAGGGCGGCGUGGUCAGCCUGGACGGCCACGACCUGCGCACCCUGCAGCUGCGCUGGCUGCGCGCGCAGCUCGGCCUCGUCUCGCAGGAGCCGGCCUUGUUCGCCACCACGAUCCGCGGCAAUAUCCUGUACGGCAAGCCGGACGCAACCAACGAGGAGAUUGAGGCUGCGGCGCGCGCCGCGAAUGCGCACACAUUCAUCAGCACGUUGCCCCGUGGCUAUGAGACACAGGUGGGCGAACGCGGGGUGCAGAUGUCGGGCGGGCAGAAGCAGCGCAUCGCCAUUGCGCGCGCGGUGAUCAAGAACCCGCGCAUCCUGCUGCUGGACGAGGCCACCUCCGCGCUGGACAGCGAGUCGGAGAAGGUGGUGCAGCAAGCGCUGGACAGCCUCAUGGUCGGCCGCACCACCGUCGUCGUCGCGCACAGGCUGUCCACUAUCCGCAACGCCGACUCCAUUGCGGUGCUCCAGUCAGGCCGCAUCGUGGAGCAGGGCCGGCACGAGGAGCUGCUGGCGCGCGGCGAGGGUGGCGCGUACGCGUCCCUGAUCGCGCUGCAGGCGCGCCGCGCUGCGCUGGACGACGACCGCCCGCCGGCGCGCCUGGCCGGCCCGCAGCUGUCUCUGCAGCGCAGCGGCCUCGCGCCGUCGGCCAGCGGCCUGAGCGCCGUCAGCGAUGGCGGCCCCGACAAGCCGGCAGCAGCAGCGGGAGUGGCGGAGGAGGCGCCCACAGCACCACCGUCGUACUGGCGCCUGCUCAAGCUGAACAAGCCAGAGUGGAAGUACGGCGCGCUGGGGACGCUGGGGGCCAUUGGGGCGGGGGCCGUGAACCCAAUCUUUGCGCUGCUGCUCAUCUCCGUGAUCCGGGCGUACUACCUGACCGACUACGACCAGCUGCGCCACGACGUGCGCACCUACAGCCUGGCCUUUGUGGGCGUCGGCGUGGCCACCGUCUUCGUCUACACGUGCGAACACUUCUUCUUUGGGGCCAUGGGCGAGUACCUGACGAGGCGCGUGCGCGAGGCCAUGUUUGCGGCCGUGCUGCGCCAGGAGGUGGCCUGGUUCGAUCGCGACGAGAACUCGAGCGGCGCCAUCACCGCCAGGCUGGCGAGCGACGCGACGGUGGUGCGCGGCCUGGUGGGCGACCGGCUGAGCCUGGUCACGCAGACGCUGGCGCUGAUCGUCAUCAGCUUUGCCAUCGGCUUCGUCCUCAACUGGCGCCUCGCCUUCGUCAUCCUGGCCACGUACCCGCUCAUCGUCGGCUCCUCCAUCUGCCAGCAGCUCAUGCUCAAGGGCUUCGCCAUCGACGCCGCCAAGAAUUACGAGCAGUCCUCGCAGGUGGCGAGCGAGGCGGUGGGCAACAUGCGCACGGUGGCGGCGUUCAGCGCGGAGGACACGGUGCUGCGCCUCUUCAACUCGCACCUCGCGGGGCCGCUCCAACGCGCCUUCCGCCGCGGCCAGAUCGCGGGCGGCUGCUUUGGCGCGGGCCAGUUCGCGCUCUUCGCGUCCUUCGGCCUGGCACUCUGGUACGCGGGCCAGCUGGUGGGGCAGGGCCACGGCGAGUUCGGGCAGGUACUCAAGGUCUUCAUGGUCAUGAUUGUGAGCGCCUUUGCUAUCGGAGAGGCACUCGGGCUGGCCCCCGAGGUGGCCAAGGGCAGCUCCGCGCUGCAGUCUGUCUUCGGCCUGCUGGACCGCCGCCCCGCCAUCGACGCGGAGGACCCCGCCGGCCGCGUGCUGGACAGCAUCACGGGCAACAUCGAGCUGAAGCACGUCACGUUCCGCUACCCCAGCCGCCCCGACGUGACCGUCUUUGCGGACUUCAGCCUGCGCGUGCCGGCGGGCACCACCGUGGCGCUCGUGGGCCAGAGCGGCAGCGGCAAGAGCACCAUCGUGUCGCUCAUCGAGAGGUUCUACGACCCGGAGGCCGGGGCGGUCCUCAUCGACGGCCACGACAUCCGCACCCUCCAGCUGCGCGCACUGCGCCGCCAGAUCGGCCUCGUCUCGCAGGAGCCGACGCUGUUUGCGACCAGCAUCCGCGCCAACAUUGCAUACGGCCGCGAGGGCGCCUCAGAGGCGGAAAUUGUGGAGGCGGCACGGGCGGCCAAUGCGCACAAUUUCAUCAGCGGCUUGCCCGACGGCUACGAUACGCAGGUGGGCGAGCGCGGGGUGCAGAUGUCGGGGGGCCAGAAGCAGCGCAUCGCCAUUGCCCGCGCGGUGCUCAAGGACCCGCGCAUCCUGCUGCUGGACGAGGCCACCUCCGCGCUGGACAGCGAGUCCGAGAAGCUGGUGCAGGCCGCGCUGGACCGCCUCAUGCUGCGCCGCACCACAGUCGUGGUCGCGCACCGGUUGUCCACCAUCCGCAACGCAGACCAGAUUGCGGUGCUGGCGGAGGGCAAGAUCGUGGAGGCCGGCAGCCACGACAAGCUGAUUGCCAAGGGGGAGGGCGGCGCCUACUGGUCGCUCGUCAACCUGCAGAGCAAAGUUUGAAAUAUGUUAUUUGUAGGACUCGACGCAUUGCAUAGCCCUUUCUUGCGCUCGCGGGUUCCAAGCUUUCAAUGUAAAGUAACCUAGAUUAUCCUUGUAGCGUUUGGGAGAAUGUCUCUUGGCUUAUAAGAAGGCAAGACGUUCUCAAAGGUUGACUUCCAUUAGUAGACCAAAAUUGCCGGGUACAGAGCUUUCACCUCUUCACAUUUGGGCAUGAAUGGGCGAGUAUUGUGUAGAGAAAUGAUGCAUAAUAAGACGAGGUACCGAAAACUAAUGUCGACGACCGACUUUUUGAUGUAGCCAAUUCAAAUGUUUGGCCAUCAAGCUGGUAUGUCCUUUCGAUACAUUCCUA